GUCCACCUCGCCAUCAAAAUUAAACAACCUCGAAAACUGAUCGGUUACCCCUCCAACUCGAGCGUCUACACUACGACGCUUCAAUACGCCGAGUGAAACAUUAUGGACCACUAGCCCGCCCGACCUCGGUCAGUUCUCAUCUCAUCUACCCCAGCUUUCCACUACCGACCUCCAUAACCUCACCAUCCGAACAUGCCCGCCGCCAGCAAGGGCAAGGGCAAGGGCCGCGACCGCGACCGCGACCGCGAUCGGGACCGGGACCGGGACCGGGACCGUGAGCGUGAUCGCGAAGUGCGCCCCUCGCGCAGUCGCAACACCACCCCCAGCUCCAGUUUCAGUGCUGGCCCGACCGCCGGCGGCCUCGUCCACAGUUACCUCGACAACGAUGCCUCGAAGCUGAUGAUGAACGCCUCGAUACAAUAUGGGGAGCUGUUGGAGCGCAUGGGCGGGGUGGGGCCGAUCCCCGAUUCCAAGUCGCUGGAAAUGUUGAUGGAACACCUCAAGACGCUCAGUCAGCUGGCUGAGACCCGGGGAGACGUGUGCAAUGCCGGCAUCCGGGAGCUGUCGCAGAAGCGCAAGGAAGUGGCGGAUGAGCCCGAGCCAGGCGAUCGCGAGGGCGGUGGCAGCGACCGACUGAAGAUGAAGCGCGAAGCUGACGAAGAGGAUGAAGAAAAGGUGUUCAAGGGCGGCAAGCUCAAGAAGAGAAAGGAACGAGGCAGCAGCUCCAAGGAGGAUCGGCCUCUGGCCCAUGGAGCGCAUGGCCUGGCGCGACAGGAUGGCGCUGAGACAAAAGUUGAAGGAGCCGCAUCCCCAGCUUCCAAAAAGUCCAAGAACGCCGCCUCCGACGAUGCCUCCCUCUCGCCCAAAUCCCCCCGCGAGGCCGCUGAGGCCGCCAAGGGCUCCCAAGGCGAAGAUUCCGAUGAGGAUUCAGAUGACAGCUCCAGCUCGCACCAGCCCGAGCCCGCCCCCACCGUGCCUCAGGUGCAGGUGUUCGGUCCCAACCCGCUAAAAUUCGAUGACCCGACCAUUUAUCACAUUCGCGAGGUCACGCCGGAUAUGACCGAUGAGGAGAAGAAGUUCAUCUACAGCGUCAACCGCUUCCCUCGCAGCGAUCUGAGCCACAUGAUGGCCGGGGUACCGCCCGACCGCGACUUCAGCAACUCCAAGCCCACGAACCAAGUCAGCGCCAAUACAUUCCUCGCCUACGUGGACCCCUACGUCCGCCCGAUGACCGAAGAGGAUAUGGCAUUCCUCAAGGAAAAGGGCGACCGAGCAAGCCCUUUCAUCAUGCCCCGACGCGGCAAGAAACACUACGCGGAGACGUGGGCCGAAGAAGACGGGCUCGGCAAUAGCGACCAAGCGAACGGCGACAAAGAGCGUCUCCCGCUCAACCAAGGCCGCGGCAACAUCGACCAACUCACGGAUGAAACCGUCGAGACCGACAAAGUAUCCGUCGGCCCCCUCGUCAGCCGCCUCUACUCCCUCCUCCGCUACGAGCACCGCUCGAGUCCCGACGACACCAACAUCACCACCAACGGAGACGGCACGACGACCACGAACGGCCUCAACGGCUUCGGCGACUCCAUGGACCUCGACCACCCGUCCCUGCCUCCCCCGCUCCCCAACGGCAGCGGCAGCGGCAGCGCCCCCGCCGACGCCGACGCCAACAACAAACCCCUCGCCUCCGCCACGGCCUUUCCGGACGCCUCACCCAACGGCUUCAAGACCCCGGCCGCCAAGCUCGACCACGCCCAGCUGGACGAGCGCCUGAAGGCGGAGCUCCGGCACGUGGGGUUCCUGGGGGCCGACGACAACCCAGACUACGACGCGCACUACGACGACGACAUCGCGCAGCGGCUGCGCCUGCUGCAGAGCGAGCUCAAGAAGCAGAUGAUCAUCAACAGCGCGCGCAAGACCCGCCUCCUCGACAUCGCCCGCGAGCGCAUGGCCCACCAGGAGUACAUGACCAUCCACGACGACCUCGACUCGCAGGUCCAGCAGGCCUACCUCAAGCGCACCCGCACCCUGGGCAAGAGCAAGAAGGGCUCCCAGGCCAAGCACCGGCCCGGCGCGGGCGGCGGGGCCGGCGGGGCCGGCGCAGGCAGCCACGUCGCCAGCGCCGCCGGCGUCGGCCGCCCCGCCAUCGGCGACGUCGCCCGCACCCUGAUGGACCGCCGCAAGCGCUGGCGCGACUGCAUCGGCCCCGUCUUCCGCGAGAGCAAGACCAGCGUGCCCGGCCGGGAGGAGACGGUCUUCGAGCCCGCCAUGAUGGCCGAGCUGGAGAAGGCCGAGCUGGAGGGCUGGGACGACGAGCAGGAGUAGAAUCCCCCUCUCUUCCUUCGUUCGUUAUCCUGACCAUAGGAUUAUGACGUCGGUGUAUGCAUGUUCGAUGUAUAUCUUUUUUUGACUUUGUUCUUGACUAUCUUGGGCUUCGCUGAGCGAAUCAUGGAGAGGGAUCUUAUCAGAU